AUGCUGGGCGCCGCGGGCACCUUCCUCCGCCCGCAGCGGCGGGCCGGGCCCGAGGAGCGGCGGCGCAGGGUGGCCCCGCUGGCGGCGAGCCCCCCGCCGGCCGAGCGGGGAGAGGAGCCGCUCCUCAGGGGCAUCUUCGAGAUCGGCAAGAGGAGCUGCGACGUGGUGCUGAGCGCCCGGCGGCUGCGCUGGAGCCCCAUCGUGCCCGAGAGCCCCGCAGGUGAUUCCAGUACGGUUCUACAGGAUGAAGAGGAGAUUAUUGAGAUGAAGGAUGUAUUUUCAGUCAAACUAAAACGUCGUCGUUUUGUGGGACAGAAAAAAGGUGGUACUUUAUUGGGUAUCACUAUUUUUAAAUGCUUGCAUAAAGAAGAGAAUAAACUAACAGACUGUGCUGUCCAUUUAAACAACUUAAGUGAAGAUCACUGUAAUUCAUGGUUUAGACAUCUAAAGGAAAUUUUGAAUGGCUUUCAAAAUAGACCAAAAUCCUUAAAAGUAUUUGUUAAUCCAAGCAGCCACAAACGAGAAGCCACUCAUGUUUAUUAUGAAAAAGUUGCACCACUUUUUAAGCUUGCUGACAUCAAAACUGAUGUCACAGUAACUGAAUAUGAAGGACAUGCUCUCUCGGUACUGAAAGAAUGUGAACUCCAGGCAUUUGAUGGGGUAGUUUGUGUCGGUGGAGAUGGAUCUGUCAGUGAAGUUGCUCAUGGUCUGCUACUUAAAGCCCAGAUAGAUGCUGGAAAAGGUACAGACUAUAUACCAGCGCCUGUCAGAGCAUCAGUCCCUCUUGGAGUAAUACCAGCAGGUACUACUAAUAUUUUGGCCCACACUCUCUAUGGUAUUAAACAUGCAGUGACUGCAACGCUGCACAUUGUAAUGGGUCAUAUUCAACCAGUAGAUGUCUGUACUUUCAGUACUCCAAGCAAGCUUUUGCGUUUUGGGUUCUCGGCUAUGUUUGGUUUUGGUGCAAGGACUCUAGCUUUGGCUGAAAAGCACCGUUGGAUGCCCUCCAAUCAGCGGAAGGAUUUUGCUUUUAUCAAAACACUGGCAGAUCUCAAGCCAGAGGAAUGUGAAUUAUCAUUUCUACCUCUACAAAUUCCACAGGAAGACUCUCAUGAAAAUGACAGAAAGAAGAAAGGGAAAAACAAAAAAAAAGGUAGCAAGGAUCAAUGGCAGAUAAUUCAGGGUCACUUCCUGAAUGUGAGCAUUAUGGCAAUCCCUUGUCUGUGUUCAAUGGCACCAAGAGGCUUGGCACCUAAUACGAGGUUGAACAAUGGAAGCAUGGCUCUUAUUGUUGUACAAAAUACUUCUCGAACUGAGUUUAUAAAACACCUGAAAAGAUAUGCCAGUGUAAAAAAUCAGUUCAAUUUUCCCUUUGUUGAGACCUACACAGUUCAAGAAGUAAAACUGCAACCAAGAUGUAUAAGUGGGCUUGAUGCCAAAGAAAAUACAUAUUUGAAUGCCACUUCUGCAGAAGGAAAUUACCCUUGGAAUAUAGAUGGGGACUUAAUGGAAGAAGCAUCAGAAGUUCAUGUUCGGGUGCAUCCUCAACUUAUUAAUCUCUAUGGAGUGAACACUGAUGACCUGGAGAGUUCCAAAGCAACAUGCAGUUGCAUAUAGAAGGGACACACUGCACAUUCUGUAU